CCCGGCUCUAGCAGUUACGAAUUUCUAUCAAGUGCAGCAACCCAAUACGCAGCUCGAAACAAAUCCUGAAGACCAACAUUCGCUGCUUUAAGAGCUCCAACACAGAGCGAUGGACCGAGUGUUGAGCUCUCCAACCAAGCAGAAGGCGCUAGUGCGACUUAUGAGCUCCGAUCCGUCGCUAUUGGACGGACUGGACAACGACGUGCUCGCGUCGAUCACGUUAUUAUCGGAUCCUCCUGAGAAAGCAUGGGACAGGCGGCCAACGCUCUUGAAGCGAGAGAGCCGUAGAAACAAUGCUGAGAGGAAGACCAUCCAGCUGUACCCGGAAGAUGCAGUCUUUGCAGAGAAGAAGAAGCCGACACUGACACUCGCGUCUGGAGGGAUCAGCCAUGCGAAGAAAGCAACGUUGGUUAGAGCGAAUACAGUGUUGCUGUCUCCGUCGAGUAAUGCGACGGCUCUAGCGGCUUCCACGCGCAGCAAGCAGGAUGGCAGGACAGAUAAUGGGUUCUGGACGGAAGACAGCAGUACGAUGCGUCACACAAGUGUGGCUAGAAGAAGUACCUUCUAUCCAGCGGUACAGCGUCAGAAGCCUCCACCCGUAAUCUUGUUUGAUGACAGCAUGCUGAACGUAGAGGAUAGAGGCACAAAGGAUCAUCAAGGUAAUGGCAGGAGUGGCUCCACCAAGAAGAGGGCGAAAAGGAUGAGACGGCGGGAACGGAAACUAGGCUCCAGCAGCGGUAGUAGUAGCAACAGCAGUACUAACAAGAGCGAGGACGAAUCCAACCAGCAGGAGGCGGAAAAAAGCCGUUUAGUAUCGAUUGGCAUCGAGUUUGGUGUCACGAGAUCAAUGGAACCCACGAAGUCUUGUUAUGUCUGUUUGCGAGAGUUCAACGUACUACGGAAGCGCCAUUCGUGUCGAAUGUGCGGCGAAAUAAUCUGCAGUCGGUGCUCCGUGUACCGGGAAGUUCACUUUCCGGUGCUGGAGAACAAGCUCCGUAUCUGCUCCUGUUGCUUUGUAGCGUACAGGAAGAAAUUGGAGGAAGACAGUCAACAUAGUUACGGCGAAGAUACAGACGCUGAUGAUGGCAGUGCUGACCAUCGGGAGUCAGCGGCACGCGGUGGAUCCCUAGCUGUGUCGAAUUCGGAGCUACGUGAUCCAUCAGCCUCAAACGCUGUGUCAUUCCAAGUAUCGCCGUCGCUUUCGCCAUCAGAGAACACAUCUGACCGCUCUUCGUCCAGGAAUACGAUCAACACAAUGUCGGACUUAUCGUUUAGUAGCGAUACGGUGUACGAAACGUUCUCGUCUGGCAGCUUUUGCGGCUCUCGCAACACGGAGGAGGAGCUUGAGGCUGUUCUUAAAGCGAAGCAGCUCGAAAAAGAGGCCGAGGCCAGUCAACAACGCAUCCAAGUAUUGGAGGCGCAAAUCGCCACUCAAGAAAGCCACCAAGAUCUCCUUUCGACGGAGCAGCAAGCUCAGCUCGGAGAAGCUCGCGCUACAAUUAAGAUACUGCAGGAAAAGCUUCGUAUGCAAGAAGUGAACGCUAGACAGGCUGCACACAACAGAGACUCGAUCUGCCUGAGCAAGCUAAGGCAGACAGAGUUGUACGCAAACGAAGAUGACGAAAGUGCGGCGCUUAAGAAGAAACUUACAGUGCUGGAACGACAACUCAAACAAGCUGGCAUCUCUGUGGCGGAGGUUAUUCCGUACGAACUAGCGAAGCGGAAGGUGGCAGAGGUAUCAAGGAGACUCCAAGAGAUUGGCUCUUCCGAGGUGGUGUUGGAAGAUAAACAGGCUCAGGCUGCUGCUCGAAAAGAGUACUAUAUUCUUGAGCAGGAAAUGGAGAAGUAUCACAUGGCUCUUGUCAUGACGGACGAGUACAUCGAAGAGCAGCGACGUCAAGAGCAAGAGUGGGAAGACGCAAAUGAAGAAGCGAACGUCGAAGCCUUACUCCUCUUACGCUCUGCCAUUCCUGUGGACAUUUCGCGGCUGUCUGAGAAAGAACUCAAUGGGCUUGUGACGCCGACAGGAGCGACCUUCCCAGCUGAACUUGCCAGGAGACUGAAGCGCACGAAUGUGCUGCAACUACUGCGAGCUGAUCCAAAGACGAUCGUGAAGAUGCACCCCAGUGUGAUUGAAGGAUACCGUACGACAGGGCUUACGCUACUGGAGCGACGCGCCCUUCACGCUGUGUUGAAAGAACCGUUCAAGGAGUGGAAGAAACAGCAGAAGGAUGCAAUGGCACAAAAGAAAUUUGCGUGGUACUGCAAGCUCAAAGAAGCCUUCGUCACUGCUGCAACCAAUCUCAAGACUCACUGCAAUUCUACUUCUGGGCAUGACUUCGGUAACAUCGCUAUCGUUCCACCACACAAGUGCGAACUUAUGGGCUUGGCGUGUCCAGUGCGCUCGGAGGAGAAAGUGCGGAAGCUGUAUUGUGGACUAGGCUUCACUCCGGAAGCUGAGUUUAUCAAGGAAGAUAUCUUGAAAAGUGAUCCUGAAAAUGCUGGCGAGAAAGCGUUGCUGGAGGCACAAACCCACGUUCGAGAAAUGGUAGCGAACCAGCGUCAAAGAGACCUGAAAGCGCACUACAAAACAAAUAUGCGCGAGAUUGCGCAAGCUGUGGGCGCAUUAGAAGACAUGGACUCGAUCAUGGAGCAAAUACGCGCUUUGGAUGACUCUUUUCCGUCUGUGGAAGGUGGCGAGCUUGAGCAGCAAAACCAGUGCAAUUCACUGCUGAACAGCGCUCGUGAGCUGACUUUACUACUUGCAAAGCGUGCAGGCAUUUGCAUUACGGGAAAACGGGACCCCGCAAAAGACGAAGCGGACACUCGCUCACCUGUGGAAAUCCGUGAAGCUUGUCAAGCCAUUGUCUUCUUGCAGGAAGUACUUGCGGAUGUUAAGGCUUUACUCUUCAAUGACGAAGGAUUCCUUCGUGAAAGUCACUCUAUCACUGCAACAGCGACAUUCAAGGCGGUGGGAGAGUUGGUUGACGAUGUUCGAAAGAAGAACUCAGCAGCAAUGGGUGACGAGAUUAUCUCUCUUCCGUUCAGCUCUUCAUCGAACGAUCGACCUGCUGCUCUGCCCACCAGUGCUCCUCUCUUUGACGCCAUAAAGGCUCGACGCAAGCAGAAAAAUCAACGCGUCAACACCACGAGCCAGUAA